AAUCGUGGCUUGAAUCUCAACAGUCUUCAGUCUUCUUUCACUUCUCUCUCUGAGAAAAAAAAUGAGAAGGCCACUUCCAUCACUCUCGCUCUUGCUUCUGCUGCUUAGCUUCAAUGUAAUUGCUAUCCGGCGGUGCUUGGCGGGUGCAUUGGAUUCCAAUGAGGCGUCGCAACAGGAGACAGUGAAGUUCGACACUGGCGGCCUGAGCAGAGCGAGCUUCCCGAAGGACUUCGUGUUCGGAACUGCCACGUCUGCUUACCAGGUCGAAGGCAUGGCCCACAAGGACGGUCGUGGGCCCAGCAUUUGGGACGUCUUCGUUAAAAUUCCAGGGAUUGUGGCCAAUAAUGCCACUGCAGAUGUGACAGUGGACCAAUAUCACCGCUAUAAAGGGGAUGUAAACAUCAUGGAAAAAUUGAACUUUGACGCAUACAGAUUCUCCAUUUCAUGGUCCAGAAUUUUCCCAAAUGGAACUGGUAAAGUGAAUUGGAAGGGAGUUGCAUACUACAAUAGAUUGAUCGAUUACAUGGUCAAGAAAGGCAUAACUCCAUAUGCUAAUCUGUAUCACUAUGAUCUGCCUCUUGCGCUUGAGAAGAGAUACAAUGGCUUGUUGAGUGACAAAGUAGUGAAGGACUUUGCGGAUUAUGCAGACUUUUGUUUCAAGACAUUUGGGGACAGAGUGAAGAACUGGAUGACAUUCAAUGAACCAAGAGUUAUUGCUGCUCUUGGGUACGACAAUGGCUUCUUUGCUCCGGGGAGGUGCUCCAAAGCUUAUGGAAACUGCACCGCGGGUGAUUCUGCAACCGAGCCUUACAUUGCUGCUCAUCAUUUGAUCUUAUCUCAUGCAGCAGCGGUUCAGAGAUACCGGGAAAAGUAUCAAGAAAAACAGAAGGGAAGGAUUGGAAUUUUAUUGGAUUUUGUUUGGUAUGAACCUCUUACCAGAUCAAAGGCUGACAACAAUGCAGCUCAAAGGGCAAGAGACUUCCAUGUCGGAUGGUUUAUUCAUCCUAUUGUAUAUGGCGAAUAUCCGAGAACAAUGCAAGAGAUUGUGGGAGCUAGGCUACCCAAGUUCACAAAAGAAGAGGUUAAGAUGGUGAAAGGCUCCAUGGAUUUUGUGGGUAUUAAUCAGUACACCACUUACUACAUGUAUGAUCCGCACCAAGCAAAGCCGAAGCAGUUGGGAUAUCAGCAGGACUGGAAUGCUGGAUUUGCUUAUGCAAAGAAAGGACUUGCGAUCGGUCCGAGAGCAUAUUCUUAUUGGCUCUAUAAUGUACCAUGGGGUAUGUACAAGGCUCUGAUGUAUAUCAAAGAACACUACGGGAAUCCUACUGUGAUCUUGUCAGAAAAUGGCAUGGAUGAUCCAGGAAAUGUAACAUUCUCAAAGGGAUUGCAUGAUACCACAAGGAUCAACUUCUACAAGGGUUAUCUGGCUCAACUUAAGAAGGCAGCGGAUGAUGGAGCAAAUGUCAUUGGCUACUUCGCGUGGUCAUUGCUCGACAACUUUGAAUGGAGAUUAGGGUAUACUUCAAGGUUUGGUAUUGUAUACGUUGAUUUCAAAACUCUGAAGAGAUACCCUAAGAUGUCUGCGCACUGGUUCAAGCAGUUACUCGAGCGAAGCAAGAAGUAAAGAAGCACAGCUCUGCAUUUUCGUUUCAAACAUUAGCAUGAUGUUUAUGCAGCAAAUCAUGCUUAUGACCAAAUAAAUGUUCCAGUGUAAUGCUAUGUCUUUCUCUUCUUUCUAUAAGCUUUUUCAGUACAAUAAUCAAAGAAUUCUAAUGUUUCUGCAA